AUGGCAAGCCGCAACCGCAACCGCAUCCGCAUCCGCAUCCGUUCCAAGCCAGUCCAGAGCUCGGCCGCUCUGGCGGAAAAGAAGGGGCUUGCCACCAACAACGAGAACAAAAAGCUCACCGUCAGCAACGAGAAUCAGCAGCUUCUUGCUGGAAAGCAAAGCAAGAAGCCUGUUGUCGGAACUGAGGCCAAGAAUUCGGCUGUUGGCAAGACGAAGAUGAAGAAGCAGCGCCUCGGCUUCCUCGAUCUACCUGGCGAAAUCCGUAACAUGAUUUACGCCCACUGCUUCGAAGACGAAAUCUGGAUCGACAUGACGCCGACCGCGGACCACAUCCUGAAGCAGAACAAGGUCCAGCUGGGCACCUGGGCAUCCGCGGCCCACGCGGCCCCCAAGCCCACCACCACCACCACCAGCGAGUCGAACAACGAGGACACCAGCAACGCCAACCCCACUGCCACCGGAGAAGACACCCUCGCCCUCCCUCAUCUCACCAUAACCGGCCGCCGCACCGCCCGCUUCUCCGCCACCACCUUCGCCACCCCAACCCCGCGCCUCAAACCCCAAAAAAUCGCCUACAAACCCCACUCCCGCCGCGGCCACACCACCACCACCUCCCCGACCAAAUGGACCACCUCCCCCGGCGCCCUCGUCCUCACCUGCCGCCAGAUCCACCACGAGGCCCUCCCCUUCUUCUACGCCGCCCCCUUCUUCAUCUUCAGCGCCCCGCGCCCCCUGCUGCGCUUCCUCGCCCUCGUGCCGCCGCCCAAGCUCGCCCUCGUGCGCAAGCUGCACGUCGCGCACGCCACGUACGGCGACCCGACGCGGCCCCGCGACGAGGCGUGGCGGACGCGCCACCAGGCCGCGUGGAAGCGCGCCAUGGACGAGGCCGCGCGCCUGCUCGUCGGCCUCGCCGUGCUGCGCUGCCGCGUCGUGGCCAACGAGCGCCCCUUGGUGUUUGCGCUUGCGUCGGCCGCCUGGGCGCGGACGCUGGUCGAGGCGUGGGGGCCGGCGUGUCAGCGCCAGCGCCAGCAGCCGGGGGAGGGGAAGGAGCGGGAGAAGGAGAAGGAGAUGGUCGUGGCGACGGUGGGAGGGGCGCCGCAGGGCCCGCUGCGGGUGGAGAUUGCGGUGCAGAGCGCGUGGGUCGUCAAGGGCGCGUACAUGCCGAAUGAGGCGCUGAGGACGGCGCUGGUCGAGCUGCACAGGCUGUUUGCUGAGGGGGUGAGGAGGAGGAUGUGUGGAUGGAGCGAGGAGGAUGCGAUGCUUGAUUUUAACUUGGCCAAGUUCGAGAAGUACAAGAGGCUGAGUGAGGUGUUUCCGAUGCCGUGA